AUGGCUCUACCGACGUCAGAGCUCUUUAAUCGUUACUUUUUCAGCGACAUCCUCGGAGAGGGCCAGUCUGGCCGCAUUUGGCGCUGUCAGGAUAGAAUAACGGGGGAAACCCUUGCGUGCAAGCAGGUCCGUAAACGCGGAAUGUCACACGUGGAGCUCGCUGAUUUGCGGAGAGAAGUUCAGUCGAUGCUGAUUCUCCGGGGUCACCCGAACGUGCUGUGCCUGCGUGGACUUUACGAAGACGACAAAGCGGUCUACAUGAUAACGGAGCUGUGUGCGGGCGGCGACCUGUUCGCGCUUAUAGCGGAGCACGAGGGGCUGGAGGAGUCCGUCGCGGCGCGGCUGUUCGUACAGUUAGCGAGGGCUGUGCGGUGGUGUCACAUUAACCGCGUCGUGCAUCGGGACAUUAAGCCUGAAAACAUUCUUAUCGUUCCGCCGUCACCGGCGGUAUCUCCCAACUCCGCCGCUCCCGCAAAGCGUGGCGGAAAGUCCGACAACGGCUCGUCGUCCCCCUCUUCGUCCCCCGCUUCCCUCGCUUCUCCUGCCUCCGCUGACGGCGACGAUACAGAAAAAUCCCCACGCUUGGAAGAUUUGCAACUCCGACUCGCAGACUUCGGACUGGCGUUUCCGUUACAACCGGGUUCGGCUAUUAUCGGAGCAGCGGGGAGUGCGCCGUACGAAGCGCCCGAGGUUCUGGCGCACGAGCCGUAUAACUACUGCGCGGAUAUCUGGUCGCUCGGCGUGUUGCUUUACGCGAUGCUCUCUGCGAACUGGCCGGCUUUUCCCAACGACAGUCGCAAACUGCUGCCGUCAGAUCUGCUACCGAAACCGUGGCCGUCGAUUUCUUUCGAAGCCAAGGAUUUGAUCCGUCGGAUGUUAACGGCAGAUCCGAUGGAGAGGAUUGAUAUUAUCGGCGUGUUGGAGCAUCCAUGGUUGAAGAAGCAGCUCGCUCCGCCUCGGUUGGACGCUCCGUCGCUUGCUCCGUCGCACACUCCGUCGCCAGGAGCCCGGUGCUUAGAUCCGGAGGAGAAAAAAACCGAGGCGGAGAAGACAAAGCCGUUCGAACCGGACGGUUUCUGGUGGAUGUCGAAAUUUCGAGGGGAUAUUUUCUACAUAACCCCGGAUAAGAAGAAGUUUUAUUCUCCUAGCCAGUUAACCGCGUACCUGGAGAGCUACAAUCGGAACCGCCGAAAUCCCCUCACUCCCGAGGAUUUUUGUAUAAGCAAGCCCAAGUGGAGAGAGGUGCACGGAUGCGCGGAGGUGGGGGGAGUGAAGCGUCCCGGAGCUGUCUCUACCAGACCUAUGCUAGGUUCGGGAAAGGCGGUGUCUGCUGUCGCUGCAGGCGUUGCGGGUGGUUCCAGCGGCGGGGGUGGGUUCUCUGCGGUUGCUGCUAAGGCUGUGCCGUUGGGUCGGUCCGGCUCGUAUAAACUGACGGCUCUGGCGAUCGGAGCAGGAAGCAAGGGGGGAUUGGGCUUGGGAGCCGGGGGCGGUGAGAGAGGCAAGGACGGCGGGGAGAGGGCGAGAGCAGGAGAGGAACGCGGGAAAGAAGGGGGGGCAGGAGCAGGGGGAGUAGCAAAAGCUGCAGGGGUAGCAGGAGCAGCAGGGUUUGGAGAGAGGAAAGACGGGGGAACGGAGGGCUCUGGCAAAGGGGGUGAGAGGAAGGGAGAGGAGGCGAGAAAAGGCACUGGAGGAGGAGGAGGAGGUGGGUUAGGAGGAGGCGGUGAAGGGGGCGGAGGAGCGCGCGAGAGGGAGGGCGGAGAAAGGGAGGACGGGGAAAGAGAGGAGGGUGCCAGGCGUAGGUUGGGUCAGUCGGAACUGUUUAAGAACCCUAUUGCUCACCUUGAUGAUGAUGAUGAGGAUGCUGCAGUGCGUGUUCCUGACGCUGUCACUGAUUUCCGCCUAGAAACUGCCGCUGGAGAGCUUUAUUCCUUUUAUAGGCUGCCUCUUUAUAAGAAAUGGAGCUCUUCUUUGUUAAAGGAGUCGGUGUAUCUGCGUGGGAAGGAUGCGAAUGGGGGAGCACCAGUUUUUGUUGAUGUGGUGGCUUGGCGGGUAGUGGUGAAGGUAGAUUCGGUGAAGGUUCAGGUGCAGGCUCGGCAUGGGGAGAAAUGGGUUGAAGUUCGGAAGCCGAGCCUGGGUUAUGCGUCAGGGAGGUUGGGUUCGGAGAUAGGGUGGGCGCAGUGCUGCGUGCGUUUCCAUCCUGAUUGGUCUGAAGGUGAGGUGAAACAGUUUUUGCGGUCACACAACGUCGAUCUGGAGCGGCUUGUAAAGUGGAUGGAUUUGCUGGGAGAUUUUAUUCAGGAUGACGUGGCCAAAAGAUCUAGUCUUUGGAAGUUUCUCGAGAAGGAGAGGUGGGGGAGUGGGAAAGAGCGAGGAGUGGGGAGUGAGAGGGAGAGAGACAAGGAAAGGAUUAAGGGCAGGGAAGCCGAGAAAGGGUGGAAGGACAAGGAGAGGGACAAGGGGAAGGAGAAGGAGAAGGAGAAGGGGAAGGAGAAGGAGGGAGAAAGUGAGCGAGGUAGUGAAAGGGCUCGAGUGCGGGAUAAGAUCUUGGAAGACAUAGGGUAUCCGAUGAGCAGAGCAGGAUUGGAUAGAGCAGGAUCGUAUAAGUCAGGAGGAUUGAUGAGAAAGAAGAAGCGAGUAGCGAGGUUUUUGGAGGAGGAAGAGGAGGAUGAGGAGGAGAAGGAUCGGAGGUUCAUUGCUUCGGAUGAUGAGGAUGAGAUGGAUGUGGGUGGGAGCAGAAGCGGAGGAAGGGGAGGAGACGCGCGGUACAGAUCGUGGAAGGAAGGAGGAGAGGAAGGUGCCGGGGAAGGUUCGGAGGAAGGUGCGGAGGAGGGGUUGUACGAAGGGGAUGAGGAAGAGGAGGAGGAGGAUGAGCAAGUGGCAGGGUGGGACAGCGUGUGCUACAUCUGUGAUGAUGGUGGCGACUUGGUGUGCUGUGACGGCCCGUGUAUGCGCUCUUUCCAUGUAGAGCCAGAUGAUGAGGAGGAGAAGCGGAGGGACAAGUUCCACUGCCCGACCAUUGGGUUGACAGAUAGUGAGGUGCAUGCAAAGGAGACCUGGCUGUGCCCGAAUUGCGAGGCAAAGCAGCAUGUGUGCUUUAUUUGCCACCAGCUCGGGCGAUCGGAGCCGGUUUCGGGGGGGAAUGCGGGGGCGGAUGGUGGGGGGGAGGGCGAGGAGCAGGGGCAGCAGCAGGGGCAGCAGGUGCUGCAGGAGCAGGAGGUGUUUAUGUGUGACGUGGCGCUCUGUGGGCAUUUCUAUCACCCGACAUGUGUCGCCUCGUGGUUGGCUGAUUCGAAGAGGCUGCCCCAGGGCAGCGAGGAGCGAAUCAAGGAGCUGGAAAGUGUGGCUGGGAACAUUCGGGCAGGCAUAGGAGGCAUUCAAAGCCUCAAGGGCGGGCUCACUCACAAGGAGAUGGCGCAGAGCUGGAACAAAGGCAAGGCCCCACGGCACAUGUUCCAGUACCCCUGUGACCUGGACGCGUCCAGAGCUCGCCUGAGCAAGAUUUUCGAGGAUGCUGCAAAGCAGGUCACAGAACAGACGGCCAAGGCCGGCCUUGCUGUCCCACGCAUGUACCAGCACUGCCACAACAACGCGGGCUCCGGCUCGGGCGGCGGCAACGCGGGCGGCAACAACAACAACAACAAUAACAACCAGGGCGGAAACCCUCGGAAGAUAGCACUGAGCAAGCUCGAGUCGAUUCUCCACGCAGGGGAGAAGGCUCGGAAUUUCCUAGCCAGGGAGUUGGAGCAAGCAGGAAUGAUAUCGGCCCAAGCGCUGCAGCAGGCAAUGAAUCUCUGCCCGGAAAAGCAACUCCAUCAGCUGAACGUAAUCGGGGGUACACUGCGGGUAUACCUCUCCCCGUACGUGCACGGGCAGCGGUACACUUCGUUCGGGCGGCAUUUCACGAUGCCUGAGAAGCUUAACGAGGUGGUGGAGCGGCUGGUGCCUUAUAUGGAGGAUGGGGACGUGCUGGUGGAUUUCUGCUGCGGGGCGAACCACUUCUCGCUGAUUGCGAGGCAUCGGUUAGAAGAGGCGGGGAAGCGGUCUGCGUUUGCCAACUUUGACAUCAUGCGGCCUCCCAAUGAGUUCUGCUUCGUCAAGAGAGACUGGUUCUCUGUCAAGAGGAACCAGCUCCCUCACAGCAAUCGCCUUAUCAUGGGCCUCAACCCGCCCUUCGGCGUGCGAGGGCAACUCGCUUCGAAUUUUUCGAGCCGUGCCGCCUCCGUCUUCCGACCCAAGCUCAUCAUUCUCAUUGUCCCUCCAGAGACGCGACAGCUGGGCCCACUUGGGUAUACGCUACUGUGGAGGGACGAGAAGAUUUUUGAGAAUCGCGCGUUCUACUUGCCAGGGUCGCAUGAUAAGGACAACAAGACGAUGAACCAAUGGAAUAACAUCCCCCCGCCUUUAUACCUCUGGUGCCGCAAUGACCUCGUCCACCACUACGGUCCUUUGGCUGACCGCCUCGGGCACACAAGGGGCCUCUUCUCUUCUCCACGGCCCAUGCCUCCCUCGCUGCUCGAAGAGCUAAAAGUUGCAACCUCCAUCUCCACCACAGGUGCAUUCACUCCUCCCGAGCUCACAUCUCCUCCUCCCGAGCUCCGAUCUACUCCUCCCCAGCUCAGAUCUACUCCUCCCGAGCUCAGAUCUACUCCUCCCGAGCUCAGAUCUACUCCUCAACAGCUCAGAUCUACUCCUCCCGAGCUCAGAUCUACUCCUCCCGAGCUCACAUCUCCUCCUCCCGAGCUCAGAUCUACUCCUCCCCAGCUCAGAUCUACUCCUCCCGAGCUCAGAUCUACUCCUCCCCAGCUCAGAUCUACUCCUCCCGAGCUCAGAUCUACUCCUCCCCAGCUCAGAUCUACUCCUCCCGAGCUCAGAUCUACUCCUCAACAGCUCAGAUCUACUCCUCCCGAGCUCAGAUCUUCUCCUCCCGAGCUCAGAUCUACUCCUCCCGAGCUCCCAUCUCCUCCUCCCGAGCUCAGAAUUACUCCUCCCGAGCUCAGAUCUACUCCUCCCCAGCCCAGAGCUACUCCUCCCGAGCUCAGAUCUACUCCUCCCGAGCUCAGAUCUACUCCUCCCGAGCUCCCAUCUCCUCCUCCCGAGCUCAGAAUUACUCCUCCCGAGCUCAGAUCUACUCCUCCCGAGCUCAGAUCUACUCCUCCCGAGCUCAGAUCUACUCCUCCCGAGCUCAGAUCUACUCCUCCCGAGCUCACACCUCCUCCUCCCGAGCUCAGAUCUACUCCUCCCGCGCCCUGCUCUACUCCUCCUGCCCUCAGAUCUGCGCAUUUCGCGCUCAGAUCUGCACAUUCCGCACUCAGAUCUACUCUCCCGCGCCCAAAUCUGCAUUCCGCGUGCUCAGAUCUGCAACUCGCACGCCCUUGCUAG